AUGACGGACGAGGAAAUUGUGACAAUAAAAACUCGAGAACCAUUUGGAAGAUUAUCAAAAGAUGAAGUUAUUACAAAAGAAUCUGUGCAAAAAGUUAGAAAUAAAUAUAGAAAUUUUAAAGAAAAACUAUGCUACUAACUUUUUACAGGAACUUGGCCAUAUUUUGGAUAUUUUGAACAUAAAUUAUAUAAAUACCCCGGAAACUUACGAACUUUUCUCAUCUUGUCUUGAAUCUUUGACUUUGGCUUGGAAAAAACGCGAUCGUCAGUCGGAAAUUGCAUUCAAGGUGAGAUUUUUGAAUAACUUGGUGACUCAGCAAAUUUUGCAUCUGAAAAAACACAUUUUUCGAUGAAUUCGAUUUAAUUUUUCCUUGAAAACCCACCUUUCAAAAGUUUUUCUCAAAUUUUUGCAAAAAAUAAAAAUAAGAGACUACUGUGAACAAAAAAGUCCGCAACCAAUUCUGUACACACCAAACACAAGAAAUGACGAAAUUCUUUCAUUUUUUUUUCUUUUUCCCUGGCUACGUGAACUAGAUAGAUACGUGGCCACGUCAAUUUUCAUGUGCACAAAGAUCAUUUCGAGCUUAAAUAUUUUGAAAAAAGUGCUGACCUCCGUUUUUUUUCUAAAAAGCUUAUCUUCUUCGUCUAUUUAUACUCGUAACUAUUCAUUCUUCUUUCAGAAAAAAAAGUUGAACUGUUUCAGGGUCUUCUUCUGAUUCUUGAAUAUUGUCUCAGUCAUGUUUUCGACGGUCACAUUUGUUUCGAAAUUCUCAUUUCAACACUAGGUUUUAACACAGUUCAAUUUUGGAGAGGUUCAACUCCAGCAAUCUUUGAUUCGGAUCUUUCAAGAGGUACCAAAUUCCGAGAUGCUCUUCUAUUCUCAUUAACUUUGUAUGAUGUGAACACGGGAAAAAAUAGAUUGAAGUAAGUGAAAUAAAGACAAAUAUUGAGGAAAACUUGAUUUUUUACAGAGAAUUAUAUGCUGCAGUUCCGGGUAUUCGCAAAUCAUUACUCGGUCAACACGCAAAACAAUUCGGUGAACGUUUUCAUCAUUUGCAAAAGAAAAUAUUGAGAUAUGGAUCGCAUACGUCACUUUGUAGUAUUUCAAGUAAUGAAAGUGAUACUGAAGAAGGAUUUAUUCGAUCAAAUACUCAUUCUGAUAAUGAAGAUGAUGAACAUCCAACUAUUACUUCGGGUGGUUUGGCAAAUUCACAUUUUCAUGUAAGUUUAGAAUAUCUGAGAAAAAACAUACGUUUCUGUAUUUUCAGCAACGUGUUAUAAAUGUCUCAAACGCUCCACCAGUUUCUUUGAAGCGUGAAAAAUCUGGAGAUUGGGAGAUCAAGCAAGGGUAAGUGAAUUUGUUUGUUUUUAUUGGUUUUUUUUUAUUUUCAAAUUUUUUUGAUUUAAAUUUUCAGAUCUGGUGGUCUUGUUGCAUGUGUUGAUCCAGUUAUGUCGAAAGAUCAUGAAAAUGUUUGGCUUGCAAAUCUUGGAAUGAAUAUAAAUGAUAAGAAAAAGAAGCGUGAUUCAUUGAGUGCAUCUUCUGAAACUCUUGCUCCAGCAACAAAUACACUCGGACUUCCAUUAAUCAAACAAACAAUCGCAGAAGUAUUUUUUCAUGUUUUAGCUGAUGAUGACGUGGAUAAAGCGACUACUGAAAAACAGAAAAAGGCUAGGUAAGUUUGUUUUUUAAAAAUCAAACUGAAUUAAAUUCGAUAUCUUGUUUAGAGAAGAGAUGUCGUUGUUAGGAGUUUUGAACAAUUAUAAUCGUGGAAAUUAUAAAUUAAAUCCAGUUGUUGUUCAAGAAGAUGAUUAUAAUGUUUAUUAUGGUGGAAUUAGUAAUGGAUUAUUAUGGCCAGCACUUCAUAAUUUACCUGAAUAUAUUGUUAGCGAAUAUGAUGAUGUUAAAAAUCUUAGAGCACAUUGGUGUGCUUAUGUUCGUGUUAAUUAUCAAUUUGCACUUGAUGCUGUUCGAAAUAGUCGACCACAAGAUUUUAUUUGGAUUCAUGAUUAUCAUCUCAUGUUAACUGGAAUGAUUAUGCAAAGUCUUGAUUAUCAACUCGAAGUUGGAUUUUUCCUUCAUAUUCCAUUUCAACCACCAGAUUCUUUUUUCACAAAAUAUGCAACUGUUGGAUUUGCGGUUCUUCGUGGAUUACUUCGUUUCACAAAAGUUGGAUUUCAAACACAUCGAGAUCGUGAAAAAUAUGUGGAAUUAGUCAAACAAUAUCUUCGAGGAGCAAAAGUUACAUAUGAUGAUAAACUUGAUAUUCAUAUGGUCACAUUUGAGAAUUGGACAUGUUCUCUUGGUGUUUUCCCUGUCAGUAUCAAAAAUGAUGAUUUCUUGAAAUUUGUUGAUUUGCCGGAAACCACAAAACUCAAAAAUGAUAUCAGAAAAAGAGUGUUGGGAUCAAAUCCACCCGCUGAUGCUCGAUUCUUUUUCUCGGUUGAAAGAUUUGAUUAUACAAAAGGAAUUAUGGAGAAAAUGCGAGCAUACAAAAGGUAUUUUGAGAAACAUCCAGAUCGAAUUGGAAAAGAUGUAUUAUAUCAAAUUGCUGUAACAAAUCGAAGAAGUGUUGAUACUUAUCGAGUAUAUCAAGAUGAAUGUAUUGAUUUGGCUGAUGAAAUUAAUCGAAUUUUCAAAGAUCAAAAUAAUCCAGAAUGGAAACCAUUAAUCUUCCAAACUGAUGGUUAGUCUGAAUUUCAAUAUUAAAGUGAAACUGAUAAUUAAUUUAUUCAGGAAUGCAAAGAAGUGAACUUGUUGCUGCUUAUCUAGCAAUGGAUAUUGGAGUUGUUACCCCGAAAAAAGAUGGAAUGAAUUUGGUCGCGAAAGAAAUGCUUGUUUGUAAUCCUCGAGCUGGUCUUGUUCUUUCAACUGGAGCUGGAUCUGAAAUACAAUUCACAACUGCUGGACUUUAUAAAGAUGACGGGGAGAAAAAUUAUUAUCGAGUUUCAAAUUUAUUCGAUGAAGAGGUAGGAUUUUUUUUAUUUUUAGGAAAAGGCCUUUCGAUUUCUAUAAGUCUUCAAAUCGAAAUUUCAUUUUUAGACCCGCGAAAUAUAUUUAUUUUCAUACAAAAACCCUUUUUUCAGGCAUAUUGUGAUACUUUUUAUGAAGCCGCUUUGGAAAGUGAAGAAAAUCGAGCAAUUCAUGGAAAACGUCUACAUGAAUUCAUAAUGGCAAAUGAUAUCGAAAGAUGGAGCAGCGCAUUUUUGGACCCAAGUUGGACACAUCAAGUUAUUAGACCAACACAAAUCGAUACACUUGAUGAUUUCUUUUCUUUGAUGAUGAAAUCGAGAGAUGUUAGAAGACAAAUUGUUGCGAGAGUUUUGAAAGGAGUUCCAAUUCGAUCACAUUUUUCAAUUAGUCUUCGGAAUGCGAAAGAAUCAUUGGAAAACACUUGUAAACCUGGAACUCACACGGCUGUUUUGAAAUCAAGUCCUGAUUCACCGGAUUUUGCUCAUUUUGAAAUUGAUAAUGAAUUGCUGGAAUUCGAAAGAGAUCUCAAUUUUAUUCGAUAUAUUCAAAGUGAAGAUGCGGAUAAUGUUGAACAAUUUGUUGAUGUAAGUUCAGGGGUUUUUUUUCCAUGUUUUCUACUUUUUUUCAGUUUUAA